GCAAAAAAGAAAUUAAGGGAGAAGAAACGCACAUCAAAAGCCUCGCCAAAGGAGAAUGAAAGCGAAAGGGAAGAGGAGGUCGUAAGGUAACUCGAAUGGCGGAUGUGAAGGCCGGCGAUUCCACCACCCUCAACGGUUCUCUAAACCAUUCGAAUUCCGAUCAGCCGACGGACCGUCCAAUUCGAGUCUAUGCCGAUGGGAUCUACGAUCUCUUCCAUUUUGGUCACGCUCGCUCUCUUGAGCAAGCCAAGAAAUCGUUCCCAAAUACCUAUCUGCUAGUUGGGUGUUGCAACGAUGAGAUUACCCACAAGUUUAAAGGGAAAACUGUCAUGACUGAAGCUGAACGAUAUGAAUCUCUUCGCCAUUGCAAGUGGGUGGAUGAAGUGAUUCCUGAUGCACCGUGGGUGAUCUCUCAAGAAUUUAUUGACAAGCACAAUAUUGAAUUUGUAGCCCAUGAUUCUCUCCCUUAUGCUGAUGCUUCGGGAGCAGGGAAGGAUGUUUAUGAAUUUGUUAAGAAAAUUGGAAAGUUCAAGGAAACAAAAAGGACAGAAGGAAUAUCAACGUCGGACAUUAUCAUGAGGAUUGUCAAAGAUUAUAACCAGUAUGUGCUGCGUAAUUUGGAUCGUGGUUAUUCAAGGAAAGAGCUUGGAGUCAGCUAUGUGAAGGAAAAGCGGCUAAGAGUAAAUAUGAGAUUGAAGAAAUUACAGGAGAAAGUGAAGGAACAUCAAGAAAAGGUGGGAGAAAAGAUACAAACAGUUGCAAAGACUGCCGGCAUGCACCGGAAUGAGUGGGUGGAAAAUGCUGAUCGCUGGGUAGCUGGAUUUCUAGAGAUGUUUGAAGAAGGCUGUCAUAAGAUGGGCACGGCCAUCAGAGAUCGAAUUCAAGAGCGGUUGAUGGGGGCGCAACAGCAGUAUCUACGAAAUGGUGAAGGCAGUGACUCAGACCUUGAAGAAGAAUAUUAUGAUGACGACGACGAUGGCGAAGAAUAUUACGACGAUGAUGAGGACUUCUAUGAGGAAUUCGAGAAAGAUGAGAAGAAAAGGUGCAGAUGGUAAAACAUGACUGCUAGUUGCCAAAGCCAAAAAAGAAAAGGGCACUUGGUGGUGGUGAGUUGGGUUUUCUAAGAUAUGUUGUGCAUAUGGUGGAUGAAAAUUUUCCUUGAAGCUUGUAAAACAGAUAGACAUGAAGGGCUUUUUCUUUUGUUUUUGUUUUCUUGAAUCAUUGUAAUUGAAGUUUGCUUUUGGGUUUCCUGUUUGUAGGUAAUGAAUGUAUGAGUGAUAAAUAUGGUUUUGAUAUUAUAUAUUUCUCUUUCCCUCUU